AUGCCGGUCGGAACGUCGGUCGGUACUUACUUCUCGCGACGACAUGUGUGUCUGCCUGCCGCCCAGAGCGACCAUAUUCCUCUUCCACCACGCUGCAUCCUUACUUUCCCCCACGCCAUGACGAACGGGUCGCGUACUGUCUUGUACCAGCGCGCCAUGUGCGAGCGCAAACUACUCCGCCGUGACGUUACAACGUACCGUUCCAAACCUGAGGCCGCCCCAUGGGCCUGGUUCGUCUGA